AUGUUAGUUUCUGGUACCCCGAUAGAGGAAUUAUUUGUGCGAAGCAAAGAGUACGACGUUCAGCAAAUCUUGUGUGAAGAUGUUGAGUACGUUGAGUUUGUGCUCACGGAUGUGAAGAAACCCAAAUUUAUUUUAGUUGUUGAGAAUGACAUAGUUUUUCAGAGAUUGGCUGAAUCAAAACUUCAGGAUCAUUUCCAGUGCAUCAUCAUGAUCGGCUGCGGACAACCAAGUAUUGCGGUUCGAAUAUUCUUGAAGAAGAUGGCCAAGGCUUUGGAUAUUCUUGUGCUAGUCCUUACGGAUAGCAAUCCUCAUGGACUUGAAAUUUUUUUCACAUAUUUAUACGGAUCCAGAAGCAUGAUCUACAAUUCUAGACAUCUAAGAACAAGAGGCAUAAAGUGGUUGGAUGUGUCACCUCAAGAUUUGAUUGAUUUGAAAAGUGAUGAGAUUUAG